AUGUCUUUUGGAACCAAUCAAGGCAAUACUUCUCAUCCUACUGUUCCUACUUCUACAACUUCAUCAGACUCUGGAGAAACUACUACUAAAUCUGUUCCUGGACCUCCUGAAGCUCCUGAAGAAUCUUCUGAAGCUCAACCCUCACCUCGACAAGAAGCUACCGGUGGUGAUGCUAGUCUAGCUACUCAAACUAAUAGAACUCCUGAACCUGCUUCUAAAUCUGAUGCUGUCUCACCUGACCUAGGUGCUAGUACUGAAGGUGAAAGUACUCAACACGAAGGUAGUAGAGGAUCAUGCCCUGCUGAUAGCUUAAUUAGUCAAACUACUGAAAAUCCUACUCCUGGACUUCAAGAUCAAGCCAUUUUUAUCAAAACCUCCCAGACUUCCACAACCAUUACAACGUUCUGA